AGAUAUCCCCUUUCCCCACAGGCCACCGAUAGAACGGGUUCCCGCACAAUUAGAGAAAUUUAUGCUAAGCACGCGCAUAGGUGGAACGGACCACACACGGAAUUUCGUGCUCACACACUUCUGGCGCACGCUUGGGAAGCUAGAGUGCAGAAGGAGGGACAGACGCUCACCACGCCUGAACACGUAUGCAAGCAGGAAGCAGAUGAGACUCACUGGCCGCCCACUCACCGCCACCCCCUUCUGUCUCCACUCCCUCCCCGUCUCACUCCCUCAGUUCCUUCCCCUUCGUUCGUUCGUUCCUUCCUUCCUUCCUAUCGUACCCUACCCUAUCCCAUUGGCAUCCGCACUCCAUAUCAUACUCUCAUAUCUCUCUCCCUUACCCUAUGCUAACGCUCGUUCACUAUCCCUCACUCUCUAUUUGUAGAAGAAUGCUUGCCGAAAUGCUCGAAUUAGAGCACAUUGAUUGUGUGCAUUUUCGCCCCGAUGCGGCCGCUCUCCAUCAAUGAGGGGAAAAUACACGCCGCCUGGGCUGGGAUUGGGCCGCUCGCUGGCUGGUCCUUGGUCAAUUCGACUGAACGGGAGGGGAGGGGUGGGCAGGAGAGUGGAAGGGGAUGUCCCAUGUACAGUACAACGACAACAGCAUGCCAGACAGGCUUGCUUUCUCUCCGGGCUUCGCUGGCCAGCGUGGCCGGCGAUCUGGUCUGCACUGCUCUUCCGCUUGUCGCUACUGCUUGCUUGCCUGCUUGCCUGCUUUCCUCGUUCGUUCGCUCGUUCAUCAUUCCCUCUGUGCCUCGACACCCUUCUGCUUUUGCUACUUUAUUCUGCUCUCGCCUACCUCGCCGUGACACCGCUGUCUCUUUUUCUCACUCUCUCGUCCUCUCUCGCCUUCACUCUUUCCCACCACCACCACCACCACCACCACCACCACCACCCACCCCUUCCUCCCUUCACUGCUAUAUCGCCGUGUCGGUUUACCGUAAUCCCCCCACCUCCCUCCUUUCCACCCAGCCCGCGCCCCCCGUGAACCCCUCACACCUUCCAUCACCACCCCUCACAUUUGUCUUUUCCUUCUUUCACCUCCAUUCCAUACGCACACACACGCCCAAUUCCUCCUUGUUGAUCAUUCCUCCGCCUCCACCCUCACUAAGCUGCGUGUGCUCAGUCAACUCAAUCACUCACCCGGUAAAUCAUCGACAUUCGCGGCCGUACGGCGUCAGGUCGUACCCAGUACCCGCUACCCCACACACACGUCAAACCUGCUUUCUUUUCUUUUUCCCUUUUGACAGUCCCCCAAGCAGGCAAAGCGAGCCUAGGGUGGGGUCAACAAGCACCUUAGAAAGUUUUGUUUUUCUUUCCCUCUUAAAACAGGUCACUUUAAACGUGCGGUACAAACGUGUUCCACAAAUCUUUAGCGCUCUGCUCUCUCGCCUUACUUGCCUCCGUCCCUUAGAUAGUCAUAUUCUCCGGUAUAUAAUAGACCUCUUCUUGUUUUAUCCAUCGAGCUCUUCCAAACCUCGCGAUUCAAAUUCUAAUUCGCUUCAUGGCUGGAAGGUUAGGCAUAGUAGCGUCCCUCCCGAACGGACAUUGACACAGCAGGGCUAUCCACCCUCAGCGAGUACGGUACUUCCUCUCCCUCUAUCUGCGCGUGCAGUGUCUUCAUAAACGAAGCCGUCAUUCCCAAAGCCUCUACCCUGAAUUCUCCUCUGCAACACCUCCAAGGAGUUACCAGCAAGUCGGACGGGCUUGCGCCGCUCAGCACAUCGGCGGAAUCGGGUUAGCCGUUUUAUGUACGACGAAUUGAGGUGGAAGAAAUCGAAAUGGCAGCAUCUAUAGUCCACAUUCCGUUGUCUCCCAUGACCCUGGAGAUCAACUCUGUUUCAUCGGAAUACGUCACCUGGGUGGUAAGUUUUACUUCAAGCUCUACCGUACCAUUAACUACAUCUAAUUUCUGUAACCGUUUAGUACCGAUGGCGAAACGUCGAUUUGUCGGCAGAUUUCGAGACGUAUGCUUCUACUCCCCCGAGCUCGCGAUGUUUGUGGAGGUAUUUGGGGCUGACGGUGGUUGCAGAUACUCGCAAAAUUUCGGCCAUCCUGACGGUUGGGUUUGGCGAAUGCUCUUUCAACAGAACGUCGACUCGGCCGGGAAUCGGGUGUAUGGAAUUUUCCUUUACGUUGUCAUGACCGACAAUGAACUCCAGGAGCGAACUUGGACUCGAGACAUCCGUUAUUUGCAGUUUGUGAUCCUCAAUUCUGAGGGUCGACAGUUGAAGGAUAAGAGCACGGUCGCUGUUUACCGUGAGAACCAGUUGUCGUGGGGCUUCCCUGGACUGCUUGACAACAGCAUCUUGCUUCGAGACCCUGUCGUCAAUACGAGACGCACCGUCGAUAUUGUAUGUCGACUGAGAUACCACCCCGACGGCGAGAAGAUGCGACGCCCAUUGAGCCCGACCAUGACCGGUAACUUAUUAGGGAGCACUAUGAUCAGUGCCAAUCACGCGGCUGCUCGUGCUGCUUCUGCUCCGGCGAGCUACUGGGAUCAGAAAACGAGUGGCGUGACUGUUGUUGAUCCUGUAGGGAAGAAUCUCCGAUCACUAAUCAAUAGCCGAAAAUACUCUGAUUUGGAACUGGUUGUUGGCCCCGAGAGGCAUAUUGUUCAUGGGCACAAAGCAAUUCUUGCAGCCAGGAGUGAAUGGUUUGAGGCGGCGCUAAGACCAGGGUUUAGGGAAGCAAGAGAGGGAAGAAUUAUUUUACCAGACGAGGAUCCCAAGAUUUUUGAAGCCCUCUUGGAGUUCUUGUACACCGGAGAGUACCCACUGGCACCGAGCAUGAAUACAAAUGGUUACAUACCAGGAUCCCCAAGCGUUGUCGUUGCAGCAAAAAAGCCCACCCCGGAUGGCAUGCACCUUUCGCCACGCUCCCCCCCGAACAUUCCACCGCGUGGCAUGGAUGAUGCCGUAUCAACGGUUGCCGGCAGUUUUGCCGAAUCACAACCACCACCAGAGGAUCAAACCUAUGACUAUCUCAACACCUAUGAGAACACCGUUGAGAUGAUGGAUGAAGAGGAGGAAUUGGAUGAACAGAAGUAUGCAUUGUUCUUAAUGGCAGACAAGUUUGGGAUCUCCCAGCUCAAGAGCCUUAUCCGGAUCCAUCUUAUGAAUGAAUUACUUGACCUGGCGUGCCCCAAUCCACCUAGCCAGAGACUAUUGAGAUUGAUUAGAUUUGCCUUUGAAGACUUGCCGGAGAGCAUAUCUACCAGAAAGAGGGAUAGUGGAGUGGGCUCCUCGCUCAGUGGGUCGGGGAUGUUGCCAAGAGAAGGAAGCCCGAGCGCCGGAUACACACAUGGAUAUGUUUAUGGUGGCGGCUCAGGAAGCGGAUACCCACUCAACGACCCCAUGGUGGCAAGUUCUGUCAUGGAGAAUCGAGAGGGUGCUGCUUCUGCUUUUGGUCAAGCAGCCGAAGGAAGCGAUGUUGGGUUGGCUAUGACAACUGAGCGAAGAAGUACAAGCAGGAUUAGCAACUCUAGCAGUAUGGCUGGUACUGGUAAUGGAAAUGGGGGCUACAGAGGUGGCGUUUAUGGAAAGGACAACGAAACCGCUUUGCUACGGGAUAGCAUCACAACUUAUGUGGCCAAGAUGUUCCAUGCAGUUAGACAGUUAGAGGGGUUCGAUGAGCUAUUGAGAGAAGGGGGUGAGAUGGGGGGAUUUGCCCGGAAGGUGAUGGAUAGCAUGUUUAGACCUUGAAGUAAUUCAUGAAAGAUGGGCAUACGUGAGCGGAGUUUAUCGGUUUGGUUGCUUUCACGGGUGUUCAAUGUUCUGCGUAUGAUAGCAAACCUUUUUUCCCCUUUUUCCACUCCCACUAUUUGUUCUUUUUUUUUUUUUUUCGGUAGGCCGCAUUUCUCUUUUGCAUACAGCGCUCGGAACACACUUUCUGAUGUAGAAUUUUUAUUCCUUCCUCUCAUCUUUUCAUCUCAUAUAUAUCCGGCGGCCUACUUUUCCGCAUUUACGAGCAACGGAAACGGGAAGCAGAAAAACCACUCGUGGGAUGCAGAUUAUUACUUCUCUCUUAUCACCCCAUUUCACUGCUUCUCACCAUUUCAUUAACAAAACAACAAGGGUGACAGGCGGUGCCUAGUUCUCACUUUCAUCUUCAAUUCUUGUCCGCCUUGAUGCUUAACUUUAUACCCGUUUUGUUCCCUUUUCGAUCUCAUCUUUUGGGGCUCUUUUCAUUUCCCUUCUUCUGGAGUCGUGGGUUUGGGUAGUUACCAUUUUUCUGUUUUUUCUUUGUUAUUCCUUUUUCGAUACCUCCCUUUUCCUCCCCUUUUUCCUCUUUUCACCUCCGGCUUAGCCUCAUCUUAGCUUGGCUGGAUUGGCAUCAUGCUCUUAUGCGCUCAUGAUUACGAUAGUAAUGAUAUGAAAUUAAUGGCUUUUUCGAAAUUAAUCGAGAGUUCUGAUCCUGCCGGGCGCAGUCAUAAUUGGUCACUCGUGGUGUUGUUUUGGUGGUUUGUUUUGAUAGAGGUUUAAAGCCCCGGCGCCAAAAGCAUUUGUUUGUU